AUGGGCAAGUCCCAGUCACUCUUGACCAAAAGCAAAGAUGAGAGUCAAGAAACCCUGACGACGGCCGACGACUACAAGGAGGAGGAGGACGGGAAGAACGGAGACGUGUCCCAGUUCCCGUAUGUGGAGUUCACGGGCCGGGACAGCGUGACCUGCCCCACCUGCCAGGGAACGGGCCGCAUCCCGCGGGGUCAGGAGAACCAGCUGGUGGCUCUGAUCCCGUACAGCGACCAAAGGCUGCGGCCGAGCAGGACGAAGCUCUACGUCACCAUCUCGGUGGCGCUGUGCCUGCUGCUGUCGGGCCUGGCCGUCUUCUUCCUGUUCCCCCGCUCCAUCGACGUCUCCUACGUGGGGGUGAAGUCCGCCUACGUCUCCUACGACCAGGACAAGCGGAUCGUCUAUCUCAACAGCACCCUGAACAUCACCAACAACAACUACUACGCCAUCACCGUCACCAACAUCACGGCGCAGAUCCAGUUCUCCAAGACGGUCAUCGGAAAGGCCAAGUUCAGCAACAGCACGGUCAUCGCCCCGCUGGACGAGCGGCAGCUGGACUACACCGUCCCCACCAUCAUCGCUGACGAGAUGAGCUACAUGUUCGACUACUGCACCCUGCCCACGAUCAAGGUCCACAACAUAGUGGUCAUGAUGCAGGUGACGGUGACCACCACGUACUUCGGCCACGCCGAGCAGGUGUCUCAGGAGAUGUACCAGUACGUGGACUGUGGGGGGAACACCACCACCCUGCACGGGCACGUGCAGGUCUACCAAUAA